UGGGGGAAGCGGCUGGAGAUGAUGGGGAAGAGAGAAGGAGAGGUUGAGUGCUCCGAGAGGGGGCAAAUGUGGUGUGCAGAGGCCAAGUCCAUGCUCAAACUGCUUUUCCAGAGGGCGCGCUGGGGGUGGAGCCACAGGCUGGGGCGUGUCCCUACGUCCUGUCCCCGCCCCUCACUCCGGCCCUCCCCAAGAACCCAGAGAUUCACAAAGCGAGACCAGUGGUGGGGUGGGGAGCAGGACCGGUAUAGGGGCGGGGCCUCUUCGCAGCUGGACCCCACCCCUCAGUGAGCCGCCGUACAAAGCCGGGCGGGACCAGGGGAAGAGCCCAGCCUCAGGGGCGUGUUAGAGACUGUCGGGCGUCAGGCCCGCCGCCACCGUUCCCCUGGCUGGGGGAGCCACCUCACACAGCACGGCCGCUUGCGCGGGGCGGGGCUCCAGCGUGUGUCCGCACGGCCGAGCACCGCCCUUUGACGCGCGCUCCGAGCUGGGCAGCCGCACCGCCUUACAAAGCGCGGCCAUUCGGGCCGCGCCGGGCUGGAGGCGGGGCCCAGCCCUAGGGGCGUGUCCGCGCGGCCGAGCACCACUUCUGACGUACGCUCCCGCCCUCGCUGUUCCUGGGCCAAGGAGUCACCUCACAAAGCUGCGACCGCUAGCGCGGGGCGGGGCGGGGCGAGGCGGGGCCGGGCCGGCCCCGCCCCCCAGCGUGCUUCCUCCCAGAGCCCAGGGCCGCCGGCAGGGGCCGCUGCGUCACGGGGCUGGACCGCAGCGGCUGUGGCGGCGAGGCGGCGCGUGGCCAUCAGGCGGCGCUACCUGGCUCGGCCUCGGCCUCGGCCUGUGCGGCGGCGGCGGCGGCGGCGGCGGCGGCGGCGGCAGCGGCGGCGGCCUGGGCCCGGGCGCGGCGGCGGCGGCGGCGGCGGCGGCGGGGCCUGGAGCCGGAUCUAAGAUGGCAGGAACGGCGGCGGCGGCGGCGGCGGGGCCGGGCGUGGGCGGCGCAGGGGCGGCCGGCCCGGGUGUCACGGGGCCCUGCGGGGCAGUGUCCGUGUUCCCCGGCGCCCGCCUCCUCACCAUCGGCGACGCGAACGGCGAGAUCCAGCGGCACGCGGAGCAGCAGGCGCUGCGCCUCGAGGUGCGCGCCGGCCCGGACGCGGCGGGCAUCGCCCUCUACAGCCAUGAAGACGUCUGUGUGUUCAAGUGCUCGGUGUCCCGGGAGACGGAGUGCAGCCGUGUGGGCAAGCAGUCCUUCAUCAUCACCCUGGGCUGCAACAGCGUCCUCAUCCAGUUCGCCACGCCCAGCGAUUUCUGUUCCUUCUAUAACAUCCUGAAAACCUGCCGGGGCCACACCCUGGAGCGGUCGGUGUUCAGUGAGCGCACGGAGGAGUCCUCUGCUGUGCAGUAUUUCCAGUUUUAUGGCUACCUGUCCCAGCAGCAGAACAUGAUGCAGGACUACGUGCGGACAGGCACCUACCAGCGCGCAAUCCUGCAGAACCACACGGACUUCAAGGACAAGAUUGUUCUUGACGUCGGCUGCGGCUCUGGGAUCCUGUCGUUCUUCGCCGCCCAGGCUGGAGCGAGGAAGAUCUACGCGGUGGAAGCCAGCACCAUGGCCCAGCACGCCGAGGUCUUGGUGAAAAGUAACAACCUCACGGACCGCAUCGUGGUCAUCCCCGGGAAGGUGGAGGAGGUCUCACUCCCCGAGCAGGUGGACAUCAUCAUCUCAGAGCCCAUGGGCUACAUGCUCUUCAACGAGCGCAUGCUCGAGAGCUACCUCCAUGCCAAGAAGUACCUGAGGCCUGGGGGAAACAUGUUCCCCACCAUUGGUGAUGUCCACCUCGCACCCUUCACGGAUGAACAGCUCUACAUGGAGCAGUUCACCAAGGCCAACUUCUGGUACCAGCCAUCCUUCCACGGAGUGGACCUGUCAGCUCUUCGAGGUGCUGCGGUGGACGAGUAUUUCCGGCAGCCUGUGGUGGACACAUUUGACAUCCGGAUCCUCAUGGCCAAGUCUGUCAAGUACACGGUGAACUUCUUAGAAGCCAAAGAAGGAGAUUUGCACAGGAUAGAAAUCCCAUUCAAAUUCCACAUGCUGCAUUCCGGGCUGGUUCAUGGUCUGGCCUUCUGGUUUGACGUCGCUUUCAUUGGCUCCAUAAUGACCGUGUGGCUGUCCACGGCCCCGACGGAGCCCCUGACCCACUGGUACCAGGUCCGGUGCCUGUUCCAGUCACCACUGUUCGCCAAGGCCGGGGACACGCUCUCAGGGACAUGUCUGCUUAUUGCCAACAAAAGACAGAGCUAUGACAUCAGUAUUGUGGCCCAGGUAGACCAGACAGGCUCCAAAUCCAGUAACCUCCUGGAUCUGAAAAACCCCUUCUUCAGAUACACAGGCACGACGCCCUCCCCGCCGCCUGGCUCCCACUACACGUCCCCUUCGGAGAACAUGUGGAACACCGGCAGCACCUACAACCUCAGCAGCGGGAUGGCCGUGGCUGGGAUGCCGACUGCCUACGACCUGAGCAGUGUUAUCGCCGGCGGCUCCAGCGUGGGGCACAACAACCUGAUUCCUUUAGCCAACACGGGGAUUGUCAAUCACACCCACUCCCGGAUGGGCUCCAUAAUGAGCACGGGGAUUGUCCAAGGUAAUGGUGGGCGGGGGGAGCAGGGUCCCGCGGGUGUGAGGGUGCCCACCGCCGGGCGCCCGCCUGCCCUCUCGCCUGCGCUCUCUCUCUCUGACUCUGCCGUGGGUCUGGGCGGGCGAGGGGGCAGAGCUGGCUCCUCAGUGCCCACACCCCGCCCCACAGGGUCCUCCGGUGCCCAGGGCAGCAGCGGCGGCAGCUCCAGCGCCCACUACGCGGUCAACAGCCAGUUCACCAUGGGCGGCCCCGCCAUAUCAAUGGCCUCGCCCAUGUCCAUCCCAACCAACACCAUGCACUACGGGAGCUAGGGCCCUCCGGAGUGGAACAGACUGACAGCACCAGGAAACCAAAUGAAGACCCUGCCCAUCCCCCCUCCACCCGGGUGGCUCUCACCCUUGUACCGGAGAAGCCCAAACACCCGCUCACAGCCCUCUUUGCUAUGGGAACUUGAACACUUUUUUACACGAUGUUGCCGCCGCCCCCAGCCCGCUGCCCGCCCACAUCUUGGCCCUGAGCGCGUGUCGCUGCCAUAUUUUACACACGAUCGUGUCGUGGGAGCCCUGUUACCCGCUCCUGCCCUCUCCACCCUGACCUGGGUUUGAAAUCUUCUGUAACAGGUGUGUCCGGGCCUGACAGCUGCAGGCCUGGCAGGGAGGGAGGGGAGCAGCUGCCGCCCGCGCCCCCCCUACCCCCCGCCAUCCCCCGGCCCCUCAGGCCUGCCCCCUGCCUGUCUCCAGUGGGAAGGCAGUCCUGGCCAGGCGGGGCCUCCCCUUCAACUACCAGGCCUUGGUCACAAUGGGCGUGACAUGCUGCUUUUUUUAAUUUUAUUUUUUUACGAAAAGAACCAGUGUCAAUCCACAGACCCUCCGAGACAUCAGGCCAGCCGGGCCGAGCCAGCAGCCCCUCUCCCCGACUCAGAGGCUCAGUGGCGAGGGGCAGCCCUGCCGAGUCUUCAGGAUGGGGCGGGGCCGGGCCUCUGGAGCCCCUCGGCCCCCUCCCACCAAAGGGUUCACCUCACACUUGAAUGUACAACCCACCCGGCUGUCGGGAAGGCCCUCCGUCCUCGGCCCCUGCCACUUGCUGCUGUCCUGUCCCUGAGCCCCUGCAGGUCCCACACCCACACCAAGAGCUAGAACAGGUGGCCUCGUGGGCCCUGGGGGGAAGGGUCACUGUCAGCCGCUUGAGCAGACACAGAAACCUCAAGGGUCUGUCGUGGAAGGCAUCCUUUUUCCUUGUAGCUAACGUUAGGCCUGUGUAUCCCCUUCAGUAUUUGUAGAUGCUCCAGUCCCUAGUACUAUGAUGGCAUUUUGGCCCCUCCCCAGCCUGGGAAGGGGCCUUGCAGGGACCUCUCCAAAAAAAAGAAAAGAAAAAAAAAAACCUAAUAAACAAGGAAAUGUAUGUUUCAGCACAGGCAAUUUUCUUCUACUUCUGCUCCCCGUUUCUAACACCCCAAAACUCGGAUGUGGUGGAGCUCAGGCUAGGCCCAAGGCCCACUAACUGGGCCCCCCAGGAAGAGCAGGCACAGCCGUGGCUGGGGUGGCCCCCUGUGCUGCCCGCCCAUCCUGGCAGGUGGCCUGUGGGGCAAUGGCUGCCCUGGAAGCUCCCUGUUCUGCCCCUCUCCCGCCUUUAUAUAAAUUCUUUGAAUCACCUUUGCAUAGAAAAUAAAAGUGUUUGCUUUGUAAGAAAA